ACUGCGCUUCAGGAAGGAGGAAACAUUCUUUGCUUUUUGAAUCAAGCUCGAUUUGACACGUCAGUUUUUUUUCUUGUCAGCAGCCGCAUUAGAUGAGCCGAUGUGGUACUUUUUUUAUAACCCUGCAAAUGACAACUUUACAUUAAUUUCCUGUCUGAAGAGAAGUGUUUUAGUUCACGACGGCUGUAACUUUUCACGAUGGAGCGCAACAGCGUGGGCUGCCAGGUGUGCCUCAUCCAGUUUAAAAGUAUUUUUAAGUUGAAGCAACAUUUUCUCUCAAGGGCACAUAAAGAGAAAAUGGAAAACGUCUUCCAGAAAGAUAUUUUAAAGGGACAUGGCACCUUUCCCUUUAUUACUCCGCUAGCGAAACAUGAAAAACAUCCCAUCAUAGGCUUGUCUCUGCUGACUCUGUGUUUCAGUCGAGAGACAGACACCCAUUAUUAUCUGUGCCAUGUCUGUGAGGAAAAGCGUCCCUCAGACAAGAUUUUACACCACCUGUCUUCUGGUGACCACUGCAGCAACUACUUUAACUACACCAACCCCAAUGUACUGCCUUUCUCCUGGCUCCCCGUGAUGGAUAUGAGAGCCUUUCUGAAGCCUGAGAUCACAAAGGAAGUCAAUGAAAGAGGGCCUGGACUACUAAAGAUGUUGGAUUUACCUGGAGAUCUGUUUAAAAAGCUUGAAACGAGUACCUACAAUGAAGCGAUGAAAACGCUUAGUGAAAAUGAGAAGCUUCCCAAGCUGUUUGAAGCUUUUAAGCCAAACAGGACGAUGAUACAAACAUACCAAAGAGACAGCAACAGGAAGCAUCCACUUCUUGGCAUGCAGCACCUUGUUGAAUGCAUUGGUGCUGGACUGACUGAGAAGAGACACUACCUCUGCACGCUCUGCAACCUAACUAUAGCCACCCACACGAUCAUCAAACAUGUCCUGAGCUUUGACCACAUCUUUGUUACUUUGUAA